CUCAACAACCACACAUAAACCUCUGUCUGAAACAACCAUCACUUUACACACAUCACAGCCAUGGCUACUCUGAGCUUCAACCCCGCCAGAAUAAAAACCCCAUCUUUCAAACAUUCCAAACUCACUUCUCCAUCCAAACCCAUCACAAUCCCAUGCACCACUUUCCCCUUCCACAGCCACCCCAAACUGAUCCACUUUCGAACCCAUUCCGUGUCGGAGAGCACCCAGAAAGAAGCACCCGAAGCAACUCUCCAAGAAGAAGAUGACCCAACUGCGGAACUCAGAUACCUUGACCCUGAAACCGACCCUGCCACCAUUACAGACUGGGAACUUGACUUCUGCUCCAGGCCCAUUCUCGACGCCAGAGGGAAGAAGGUUUGGGAGCUGGUUGUGUGCGACAAAACGCUGUCGUUGCAGUACACCAAAUAUUUCCCAAACAAUGCCAUUAACAGCAUUACCUUGAAGGAUGGUAUUGUUGCUGUUAGUGAUGAAUUGGGUGUCCCGUUGCCCAGAAACAUUCGCUUCUUCAGGUCGCAGAUGCAGACAAUUAUUACAAAUUCAUGUAAUGAGCUUCGCAUAAGGCCUGUUCCUAGCAAACGGUGUGUGUCAAUUAUUCUAUGGCUAGAGGAGCGGUAUGAGACCAUAUACAAGAGGCACCCUGGAUUUCAAGAAGGAGCCAAAACUCUUUUGGCACUUGAUAAUCCUUUUCCCACGGAACUUCCAGACAUUCUUUAUGGGAAAAGAUGGGCUUUUGUCCAAUUACCUUACUCAGCUGUUCGAGAAGAGGUGUCGAACUUUGAGAAAGGAUUUUGUGGUUCUGGGUUGGAUCUUGAUUUGUUAGGUCUUGAAAUUGAUGACAACACAUUAAUCCCAGGACUGGCUGUUGCAUCUUCUAGUGCUACAGCAUUGGCAGCUGUUUUAAGUGGAUUGGAGGUCUGUGCUGUGGAAGCAGAUGCUGCUCGUGCUCGCCUGAUUCUUUCUGUUGGAAUUUCUACUCGAUACAUAUUUUCCACCUUUAAGAAAACUCCCCAGACAUCUGGUGAAGCUGAAGCUUGGGAAGCUGCUAAGAAAGCUUGUGGAGGUUUGCAUUUCCUAGCAAUCCAACCAGACUUAGAUUCUGAAGAUUGUGCUGGAUUCAAUCUGUUGCUAGACUUGCCAUUUCCACCUGUAUAAUUGUACAGAUAUUAUGGUUGAUUUGAGUCUUCACUGAACAAAUAAUACUAUAAUAGAAUAUAUUAGAAA